CAUUAUGACUUCACUUGCUUUAUUUUCUUUGCUUUACUCUGUUUUCAGCUCACUUUUCCACAUCACCACUGCAGCUCCACCAACAGCCUCAAAAUGCACUCUUCUAAACAGCUUCCAGCCAGGAUUUGUGAUCCAAGGUGACUAUGUCAUUGGAGGGAUUUUCCCCCUUCAUUUUAAUCUGAACAUGCCAGACCUUAACGGCAUCUACAGACCUCCACCAAUAAAUUGCAGUGGAUUUGAUCCCAGGGCUUUCCGGUGGGCUCAGAUUAUGAGACUGGCAGUUGAGGAGAUAAACCAGAAUCCAGUGCUGUUGCCGAAUCACACUCUGGGCUACAAAAUCUUUGAUUCAUGUGGAUAUCCACUGACAGGACAGAGAGCUGUAUUAUCGAUGCUGAAUGGCGUGAGUGAGGAAAACUCUUCUAUGUGCACAAAUGCCUCGUCAUUCCUCGCUGUGAUUGGGCCUACUGGAUCUGCUCAGUCUAUUGUUGUGUCAAGAAUCUUGCAGCCAUUCAGAAUCCCCAUGAUCAGCUACGCUGCUUCAUGUGCAUGUUUGUCAGACAGACAAAAAUAUCCAACCUUCUUCAGAGUAAUUCCUAGUGAUGACUACCAGGUGAAAGCCAUUGCACGGAUGCUGGUGCACUUUAACUGGACUUGGGUGGGGCUGCUGCGAGGAGACCAUGAUUAUGGCCGCUUUGCUGCAAAAGGUUUACUGAGAGAAUUACAGGAAACCAAAGUAUGUGUAGCGUACCAAGAAAUUAUUCCUCUGCUGUACAAUCACCAGGGGGGACUAAGGAUAAUGAAGGUGAUGCGUAGCUCUACUGCAAAAGUGGUGGUGGUAUUUGCUGCUGAGGGGGAGAUGACACCUUUCUUGAGAGACUAUAUGACUCAGAACAUCACUGGAAUACAGUGGGUGGCAAGUGAAGCCUGGGUCACAGCAUCAGCCUUUUCAGGGAGAGAGUAUUACCCUUACUUAGGAGGAACCAUUGGGUUUGGCAUCAAAAAAGGUCAAAUCUCCAGACUGGGUGACUUCCUGCAGACAGUAAACCCUAAGAGAUAUCCUGAAAAUGUCCUGGUGCAUGAGCUGUGGGAGUCUCUAUAUGGUUGCAGUCCUUUUCUAUCCUCUGUCAACCAGAUGCCACCCUGCUCAGGGCAGGAGACUCUGUUCGAACAUAACUCAGCCUACAUGAAUACAUCCAGCCCAAGAGUUGCCUAUAAUGUAUAUAAGGCUGUAUAUGCCAUUGCUCAUUCCCUGCACAACCUCCUUCUCUGUCAGCCGGGGAGGGGACCUUUCCAGAACAACUCAUGUGCUCAGAGCAACAACAUACACCCUUGGCAGCUGCAACAUUACCUCGACGCUGCUCACAAGGAGCUGGAGAAGAUGCUGAAAGCCGGCAUCAUUCAGCUGUCCAAUAGCUCAUGGGCCUCUGCUGUGAUGACUUCACUUGCUUUAUUUUCUUUGCUCUACUCUGUUUUCAGCUCACUUUUCCACAUCACCACUGCAGCUCGACCAACAGCCUCAAAAUGCACUCUUCUAAACAGCUUCCAGCCAGGAUUUGUGAUCCAAGGUGACUAUGUCAUUGGAGGGAUUUUCCCCCUUCAUUUUAAUCUGAACAUGCCAGACUUUAACGGCAUCUACAGACCUCCACCAAUAAAUUGCAGUGGAUUUGAUCCCAGGGCUUUCCGGUGGGCUCAGAUUAUGAGACUGGCAGUUGAGGAGAUAAACCAGAAUCCAUUGCUGUUGUGGAAUUACACUCUGGGCUACAAAAUCUUUGAUUCAUGUGGAUAUCCACUGACAGGACAGAGAGCUGUUUUAUCAAUGCUGAAUGGCGUGAGUGAGGAAAACACUUCUAUGUGCACUAAUGCCUCGUCAUUCCUCGCUGUGAUUGGGCCUUCUGGAUCUGCUCAGUCUAUUGUUGUGUCAAGAAUCUUGCAGCCAUUCAGGAUCCCCAUGAUCAGCUACGCUGCUUCAUGUGCAUGUUUGUCAGACAGACAAAAAUAUCCAACCUUCUUCAGAGUAAUUCCUAGUGAUGACUACCAGGUGAAAGCCAUUGCACGGAUGCUGGUGCACUUUAACUGGACUUGGGUGGGGCUGCUGCGAGGAGACCAUGAUUAUGGCCGCUUUGCUGCAAAAGGUUUACUGAGAGAAUUACAGGAAACCAAAGUAUGUGUAGCGUACCAAGAAAUGAUUCCUCUGCUGUACAAUCACCAGGGGGGACUAAGGAUAAUGAAGGUGAUGCGUAGCUCUACUGCAAAAGUGGUGGUGGUAUUUGCUGCUGAGGGGGAGAUGACACCUUUCUUGAGAGACUACAUGACUCAGAACAUCACUGGAAUACAGUGGGUGGCAAGUGAAGCCUGGAUCACAGCAUCAGUCUUUUCAGGGAGAGAGUAUUACCCUUACUUGGGAGGAACCAUUGGGUUUGGCAUCAAAAAAGGUCAUAUCUCCAGACUGGGUGACUUCCUGCAGACAAUAAACCCUGAGAGAUAUCCUAACAAUGUCCUGGUGCAUGAGCUAUGGGAGUCUCUGUAUGGUUGCAGUCCUUUUCCAUCCUCUGUCACCCAGAUGCCACCCUGCUCAGGGCAGGAGACUCUGCUGGAACAGAACUCAGCCUACAUGAAUACAUCCAGCCCUAGAGUAGCCUAUAAUGUAUAUAAGGCUGUAUAUGCCAUUGCUCAUUCCCUGCACAACCUCCUUCUCUGUCACCCAGGGAGGGGGCCUUUCCAGAACAACUCAUGUGCUCAGAGCAACAACAUACACCCUUGGCAGCUGCAACACUACCUCCAGGAAGUGAACUUUCAGAUUGCUGGUGAGGAGGUGGACUUUGAUGCCAAGGGUGACUCUGUACCCUAUUAUGAUAUUAUUAGUUGGCAAAGAGGCCCAGAAGGAAACAUUGAAUUUGUCAAUGUGGGUUUGUUUGAUGGAACCAAGGAUGUUGGAGAGGAGCUGUUGAUCCAGGAGGACGGAAUAAUGUGGGCAGGACAUCAGAGUGAGGUGCCAGUGUCUGUGUGCAGUGCCAGUUGUCUUCCAGGUUUCCGAAAGGCUGUCCGUCGUAGGGAGCCUAUCUGUUGCUUUGACUGUGUACCAUGUGACAGUGGCAAAAUUAGCAAUCAGACAAAUUCAGUAGAUUGUACAAUUUGUCCUGAGGACUUCUGGUCAAACAACGACAGAACAGCCUGCAUCUCCAAGAAAGUGGAGUACUUGACCUUCGAUUCAUUGGGAAUAGCCCUGACAGUGAUGUCUGUGGUGGGCGCCUGCUUCACUCUGGCUGUCUGUGGAGUCUUCUUCUGUCACAGACACACAGCCAUCGUCCGUGUGAAUAACUCUGAGCUCAGUUUCUUCAUACUGUUUGCACUGACUCUGUGUUUCCUGUGUUCUCUCCUUUUUAUUGGAAAGCCAACAUAUUGGUCCUGCAUGCUGCGCCACACUGCCUUUAGCAUCACAUUUUCACUGUGUAUUUCCUGCAUCCUGGGGAAGACCCUGGUGGUACUGGCUGCAUUCACUGCCACCAGGCCAGGGCAUAACAUCAUGAAGUGGCUGGGGCCUAAGCAGCAGAGGACCAUCAUCUCCAGCUGCACUCUGGUUCAGGUGGUUAUCUGUGCUGCUUGGCUCAUUGACGUUCCCCCGUUUCCAUCCAGAAAUACACAAUAUGAACAUUCAAAGAUCAUACUGGAGUGUAGUGUGGGCUCUAGCCUGGCAUUCUGGUGUGUUCUUGGAUAUAUUGGUCUACAGGCCUGUCUGUGCUUUGUAUUGGCUUUUAUGGCCCGAAAGUUGCCGGGAAACUUCAACGAGGCCAAGUUCAUCACAUUCAGCAUGCUGAUCUUCUGUGCUGUGUGGCUAGCAUUCAUCCCUGCUUAUAUCAGCUCCCCUGGAAAUUAUGCAGAUGCAGUUGAGUCAUUUGCCAUCUUGGCCUCCAGCUUUGGCUUAUUGUUCUGCCUGUUUGCUCCAAAGAGUUACAUUAUUUUACUGAAGCCUGAAAAGAAUACAAAACAGCACCUGAUGGGGAAAGAAAAGAAAUGAUGAAACACAAAUGAACCCAAAGUUAUUGAGUCAGUAAGAAGUGGACUCUUACAGUGACCUAUUGAUUACUAACCAUUCAAAAAACAUUAAUUAAUAAUUAUUCAACGUUGCUUUGAUUUUGAUAGUUCUUUACAGAUAUUGAUUCUAGUAAAAAUGACUGUUAUAACCCCAGUGCUUGCUUGGUGUAUCUGUGUGGGUAUGUCUGUGAUGACUCAGUUGGUCAUCAGUGGAGGCAAUAAAAGGAGUCAGUAGGCACUGGACUCUUUCAGUGACUUAUAGAUAACUAACCAUUUAAAAAAACAUGUUUAUUAAUCAAUAUUGCUUUGAUAUUGAUAUUUUUUUACAGAUAUUCAUGGAUGUCAAGAAGAUUGAGAUAACAUGUAACCUUCACAGGAUGCUUGCAGUAAAGCAGUGAUUACAUAUGUGUAACAAAAUGACAUAGAAGUAUUGGUUCCUUGUCAUUUCUAUGGUAGAUCAUAAACUUUGGUAGACUACAACAAAAUAAACAAUGCAGUGAUAUUUCCA